UUAGCAAGCUCUGCUCGCCGCAGCAGCCAAAGGGCCCACGCCAGAUGUGGGGGGGAUCGGCCCAGCACACGCACAAGCAGCAACCCAAUGUCGCCGCCAUCGGCUCGCGCUCUUUGCGCCCACGGUGGCAGAGCAUGGCGCGCCAAUGGCAGCGCCCGCUCAAGAGUCCUGUACAGCCUCUCUUCGUCCCCCCGCCCGCACACACGCACCAUCAUGUCCAAGAAGGUCCUGAACAUCGGCAACAUCAACCCGCACGUCAAGGCAGCCCAGUAUGCUGUCCGCGGUGAACUAGCCGUCCGCUCCGAGGAGUACCGCGCGAAGCUGGCCAAGGGCGAGGCCAAGGACCUGCCCUUUGACACUGUCAUUGCAGCCAACAUUGGCAACCCCCAGCAGCUCGACCAGAAGCCCAUCACCUUCUUCCGCCAGGUGGCGAGUAUACUCGAGAACCCGGGCCUGUUGGAGCACGAGGACGUGCUGCUCAAGAGCCUGGGCUACAAGUCAGAUGUUCUCGAGCGUGCGCGGAAGCUCCUCAAGGAGGUCAAGAGCGUCGGUGCAUACAGCCAGAGCCAGGGCGCCCCAGGCAUCAGGCAGAGCGUGGCAGAGUACAUUGAGCGACGAGAUGGCUACCCGGCCAAGUUCGAGGACAUCUACCUCAGCAAUGGCGCUUCAUCUGGCGUAAACACACUUCUCCACACCAUCUGCGCAAAGCCCGAGACGGGAAUCAUGGUCCCCAUCCCGCAAUACCCCCUCUACACUGCCACUCUGUCGGUGCUCGACGCCCGCUGCGUACCAUACUACCUCGAAGAGAAGCAGGCGUGGGGCACAUCGCUCGAAGCAAUCCGCUCAGCCUACGACAAGGCUAUUAGUGAGGGCACAGACGUCAAGGCCAUCUGCGUCAUCAACCCAGGCAACCCCACGGGCGCCUCGCUGCCGGCCGAGGACAUCAAGGCCGUCCUCAAGUUCGCCGCCGAGAAGGGCGUUGUUGUCAUUGCCGACGAAGUGUACCAGACCAACGUCUUCAUUGGCGAGUUCAUCUCGUUCAAAAAGGCCCUGCGUGACCUGCAAAAGGAGUCGCCCGGCCAGUACGACCACUUGGAACUGGCCUCUCUCCACUCCGUGUCCAAGGGCAUGGUGGGCGAGUGCGGGCACCGCGGCGGAUACUUUGAGCUUGUUGGCUUCGAGCCAGAGGUGGCCCAGGAGAUUUACAAGUUCAUCUCCAUUCAGCUGUGCCCGCCCGUGCUCGGCCAGUGCAUUGUCGAGAUGAUGGUCAACCCGCCCAAGGAGGGCGAGCCAAGCUACGCGCUGUACAGGGAGGAGUAUGAUGGCAUCUUCAACGGCCUGAAGCAGCGCGCGUAUGCCCUGUACGAGGCGUUUAAGCAAAUGGAGGGUGUCGAGUGCGACAAGCCUCAGGGCUCCAUGUAUCUCUUCCCCACCAUCCACCUGCCAGAAAAGGCCAUCCAGCAGGCCAAGAAGGAAGGCCGCGCCGCCGACGAGUUCUACUGCUUCCGCAUGCUGGACGCGACAGGUGUCUGCGUCGUUGCGGGCACCGGCUUCGGGCAGAAGGAGGGCACUCUGCAUUUCAGGACGACGUUCCUCGCGCCCGGCACCGAAUGGACUGGCCGCAUUGUCAAGUUCCACGAGGAGUUUAUGAAGGAGUUCAAGUAGGCGGGGCGGUAGCGCAGCAACACGCCGGCAGACGGCGUAGGGUCUCGCCAUGACGAAAUAGACAAGUAUGCCAUGAAUAGCAUGACCCAGACUGCAUGUCCAGCAGCUCCUCCAGCGCCUCCAGCGCCUCCAGCCCCUCUGCCACCCGGCCCUCGCCCGAUUGCGAUAAGCAGACGGGUCGGCCAGGUGGGGCGGGGUCGGGGCCGUUCCUUCCCAAUCAUCAUGGCGACAUCGCAACUGCCGCGUCUCGUACCUGAACGCACCCCGGCCUUGGCCCGUGCACAUGACACUGGACAUGUAGGUAGCUCCCCUACAUCAUCCACACGCGCUUCUCUUGCCCUCAGGCCGUCUCUCCCGCCUCCUGCUCUCCUGCUCUCCUGCUCUCCUUGUUCUUCCUAUCGUCAGCUGUUCGUUCGUGCCACUUGCUUUUCCUGCGUUGCGCGUUUGUCCCUUUGCAUACUCA